CAAUCACUGCAGUUUUUAGAGCACAUGUGACAAAACAAAACAAAGUGCCGACUUUCAAUUGCAUUUUGAUUGUUUUAAACGUGUAAGAAAAAGCACAAAUAGUAAAGUAUGCUAGUGGAUAACCUGUACACUUCGGUGGCCUGCAAUCGCUGCACGGAAUGCGCGGACUGGGGCCCAAAUGGAUGGAUUGCCUAUGGAGCUUGCAAUGCCAUAGCCAUAAUGGAUCCAAAGUUCAAUGGCAAUUCGACCAAGAUCCUGUACACCUUGGUCGAGCACACAAAGCGAGUGAACACUGUAAAGUGGUUGGAUCAAGGGACACUCCUCACCGGCGGCGAUGAUGCAAAUGCAAUCAUCUGGGAAUUGGGGCCAAGUGGAGCCACCAAAAGCGUUCUGCUCAAAGGACACGCCAGUGGGGUGAAUGCUGUGGAUGGAGUGCGUCGGCAGGAUGGCUCCUGGCUGCUGGCCACCGCUGCAGCAGAUAGCACCAUCAAAUUGUGGACCUACCAACAAGGCAAUUGUGUGUGCCUCCAGACCAUACCAUUGUCUGGCGGAUUCUGCUUCUCCCUUCGCCUGAAGCUGCUGCCCAAGAGCAAUCAUGUCCUACUGGCCUUCAGUGGCGAUGACGAGUCUGUUUCCCUGUGGACAGAACAAACAGAAGCCACAGGUGGUGGCGAUGCACCGGGUCUGCAGUUUGAGCGGGUCCAUAAACUCACUGGCCACGAGGAUUGGGUUCGAGGACUUGAUUUCGUGGACGAUGGAGAGGAUCUGCUGCUGGCUAGUGGUUCGCAGGAUAAUUUCAUUCGUCUCUGGAGGAUUGCGCCUCGUAGUGAGGAACAAAUGCGAGAGAAUCGGAUUGAUCUGCUGCAGCUAACCGAAAACGACAGCGAAAUCAAGGUGGAGGAGAAGAUUCUACAACUGGGAAAGCAGGCCUGGUAUGCAGUGAGCUUGGAAUCGGUUUUAUACGGCCAUGAGGGAUGGAUUUAUGGGGUUGACUGGCACAAGACACCACAACAGGAGCUGCGCCUGCUAUCCGCCUCCAUUGACAAAACCCUCAUUGUUUGGGCGCCCACGGAACAAGGCGUCUGGUUGGAACAAGUUCGCGUCGGCGAAGUGGGCGGCAACUCCAUGGGCUUCUUUGGCGGAAAGUUCUCCGCCGAUGGCCACUCGAUCAUGGCCCACAGCUACCAAGGCGGCUUCCACAUUUGGAAUCAGGAUCCAGAGCGCCCGCAACUCUGGACCUCCAAUGUUAUUGUGGGCGGUCACUACGGUGAGGUGAGGGAUCUGGCUUGGGAGCAUGAAGGCGCUUACCUGAUGAGCGUCUCAGCGGAUCAAACAACACGUCUGCACGCUUCCUGGCUGCAGGAUGGACGUAAUCCCACUUGGCACGAGCUGGCGCGUCCGCAAGUGCACGGCUACGACAUGCAGGCGUUGGCCCUGCUCUCGCGCUAUAAAUUCGCCAGUGGAGCUGAGGAAAAGAUUGUGCGCACCUUUCAGGCGCCGGCGAACUUUAUCGAAAACUUCCGUCACAUCAGUGGGAUAAAGAAAGAUGAGGCUGGAGAUGCUUUACUGGAUUCUCUUCCGAAGGGCGCUUCAGUGCCUUCGCUGGGCCUUUCCAACAAGGCUGUCUAUAAGGUAGACACCGCCAAUGAGGCGACCAGCAAGGGGAAAGAUGAUUAUCCGGACAACUACUUUGUGCCCAUUACUUUGGAAACACCACCGCAGGAGGAGACUUUAAUGCAGAACACACUUUGGCCGGAGCUGCAGAAGCUUUAUGGCCAUGGUUACGAAAUCUUUGCACUGGCUGCCACUGCAGAUGGUUCCGUCUUGGCAUCUACCUGCAAAGCCAGUAAUGCCGAGCAUGCACAGAUAAUAUUGUGGAACACUUCGAACUGGAAGCAGUUGCAAAAGCUGAGUGGCCAUCAGUUGACAGUCACGCAACUUAGUUUCUCCCCCGAUGCGCAGUAUCUGCUAUCCGUUUCCCGGGAUCGUCGCUGGUGUCUGUACGAGAGGCAGAACUCCUCCGUGGGCUACCAACUGGUGGCCAGCACCGACAAAUCCAAUGGAGUUCACACCCGCAUCAUCUGGUCUUGUGAUUGGUCGCACGAUGGCCAGUUCUUUGUGACCAGCUCGAGGGAUGGAAAGGUAGUGGCUUGGAAAAAGGGAGAAGAUGGCAAAGAAUCUUCUCUAAAUGGCUGGCAGGCGGCAGCAGUUUUGGACCUCAAAAAUGAGUCAAUAACAGCUGUGGCUUUUUCCCGAAAUUAUCUUAACAAAACAGAUGACACUUACAUUCUGGCUUUGGGUACGGAAACGGGGCUAAUUAAGAUAUAUCAAUUGGUUCGUGGGGAAUGGAAAUUACUCAGCGAUUUGACUAAGAGUCAAGCUCAUCAUCUCACUGUUCGGCGACUUCAGUUUCGACCUGGAAAAGAACUCCAGCUGGCGAGUUGCGGGGAGGAUCAUUUGGUACGAAUCUACGACCUGAAGCUCGAAUGAGUUUGACAACCUGUGAAUUAAACUAGCCUUAUUACCAUC